GUCACGAGUCCAAAGUUGAGUUUGUGUGUGUUGUUUGAUAAGCAGUAUGAGAAGGUCGAGAAAUCCAACCUCAUCAUCAGCGGGUCAGGCCAGCAGCUUAGCAACUGGUUCUUCAAACACCAGCAAUAAUGGUAACACAGUUCCUUCUCUACUCAAGGAACUUCACGCUCUUGUGCUACAAAUCCAGGAGCAAAGAACACAAAGUGAGCAAAACCUAUCGACCAUUGCAAAAACUCACGAGAAGAUGAAGACAGAAGUUAAAGUAUCAUCUUACUUUAAAUCUAAGCUACGAGGCUUGUACAAAACAGCAGGAACAGAUGCAGAGACAGAAGUGGAGAUAAUCAAAAAGGCUUUGGACAAAAUAGCCAGCAUUAAGGCACUGAGAAAUGAUAGAAGGAUUGUGCGUGGUGGUAGCAGUCGACUUGGUAAUCAGGAAACAGGGGAACCAAGAAAAGUGAUGAGAAGAGGAGUGCUCAUGACAAUGUUACAGCAGGCUGCUUUGCAGUUACCAAUGUGGAUGGGGAAAGCCUCUGAAACGCCCCCUCCUCUUUGUGGAUGCAUUCAAGCAGAACCUAAUUAUGUUGCCCAGCAAGGAGAUCAUGUUGCUGCACGUGUGCGCACACCUGACGGCGAAGAACAGUUGAUCUUGGCGGAAAUAGUGUCAUUUAAUCCUUCGUCAAACAAAUACGAUGUUGACGAUAUCGACGAAGAAGCUGGGAGAAACGGGAAGGAACGUCAUCAUCUGAGCCGAAGACGUGUGAUACCGCUGCCCAAGAUGAAGGCAAACCCAGUAACCCACCCUCAAGCUCUGUUUCAAGCAGAUCAGAUUGUGAUGGCGCUAUACCCACAAACCACAUGUUUUUACAAAGCCGUAAUUCAUGAGCCUCCUUCAAGGCCUCAAGAUGACUACUCCGUGUCGUUUGAAGAUACUUCUUACGCUGAUGGCUUCGCUCCUCCACUAAAUGUGCCACAGCGAUACGUUGUGGCGUCCAAAGAGACGAAGAAAAGAUAACGUUAAGAAUAUAUUGUGAAAAUUUACAGAAACACUCUGCUCUUAAACAUUGGGGUAUCCUUUGUGCCCUAAAAAAUGGCGCUUUUGGAAGAUUACUGGCUUCUCUCUUAUCUUAGGUUUUCCGUCUUGUGCUAAGCCGGCUUUGAUCUAAGGACUUAUGAAUUUUAAUUCUUCCUGUUCAAGAGCUUUUCCAAAGCAACUAACCCUUUGGCCCCUAAGGGUGACAAGCUUCUAAUUUCUUCCCACACCACCAGUGGUGAAUCAAACGUGAAGGUCAUGAGAGUAAACGAAAUGAUCACCAACAAAAGAAGCACGUAAUUGUCAAACAAAUUCUCCUUGUAAGAAUCAUAAGAAAUGCAU